ACUCGACGACACCCGGCAUGCGAAGCGCGCGCGCACCGGCCCGCUGACGCCCGGGAUGGCAGCGCGCCGCGCAGCCGCCGCGCAUUCAACCAACUGUGAUACGUUUAUUUAAUUUCAAUUUAGAUAGUAUUAAGGAAACUUGUACGUCCGUGAUUAUUAGACUUUGAGAGACAGUGUUUUGUGUGAAGCCGCCCAUAUGAUCGUCCCGAUGGCAGCGUAUGCGCAAUUCGGCUAUUCGUACCCGCCGGCCUCGCAGUUGCUCGUAGGCAACAGCGGGGCGGGCACUGGCGGCGCCGCCACCUCGCCAGACGGUGGGUCAAGUUCAGCACCGCCGCUCUCGCCCGGCGGAUCCGGCGUCGCCGGCGGCGCUCUCUCGCCCGGCGGUAACAGCCACGCGAGCACGCCGGCGGCAUCGUGCUGCGACACACCCCGGCCCAUCAUCACUGACCCUGUCUCUGGGCAGACGGUCUGCUCGUGCCAGUACGAUGGCGCAAGACUUGCACUCACUUCGUACCCGAGGCUGUCGAGCGCUGCGGUUGGCGUGUAUGGUGCGCCGUACCCGUCCACCGAUCAGAAUCCUUACCCCAGUAUCGGUGUUGACAGUUCCGCAUUUUAUUCCCCACUGAGUAACCCUUACGCGCUGAAAGAGGGUGGUGGUGAGAUGUCUGCGUGGACGUCAGCCGGUCUCCAACCCUCCGGUGGCUACUACCCCUACGACCCAACACUCGCCGCCUACGGAUAUGGAGCUGGAUACGAUUUAGCUGCACGGAGGAAGAAUGCUACCAGGGAAUCUACUGCGACGCUAAAAGCCUGGCUCAACGAGCAUAAGAAGAACCCAUAUCCAACAAAAGGCGAGAAAAUAAUGCUUGCAAUCAUCACCAAGAUGACGCUAACUCAAGUGUCUACAUGGUUUGCUAAUGCCCGCCGUCGCCUCAAAAAGGAGAACAAGAUGACCUGGGAGCCGAAGAAUAAGACCGACGAUGAUGACGACACGAUGCUUUCUGACGAAGAAAAGGAUAAGGAUGAACAAGAUGAAAAAAUUAAGACUCAUAAAGAUGAGGAGCGGAAAGGAGAUGACAUGCUGCAAGGUAUGCAUCACCAACUGCUGGGAUACGGGAUCAAGGAGGAGGCAAAACGUGGCACAUCUGAUUGCGGCGUACCGAUACCCGCAUCGAAACCGAAGAUAUGGUCGCUGGCAGACACGGCAGCGUGCAAGACUCCCCCGCCGGCGGCUCAGCCGUGGCCACAACAUUCGUAUGGUCCAGAGCGUGCUUCUGCCGCUGACUCGGGUUCUAAUGGCUUUGCGUUGCCAGCUACAGCAGCGGCGAGCCCUGCCAGUGGCUCUUACGGUCGUUACGGCGGAUUUCCCGGCGGUCAAUAUGGAGGUCAACACCCAUGUGUCCAUCCAGCGGCUUUCCCUGAUGUGCAGACAGAUACCCCUCCUCAAACUCCGCCCAACAUGAAGGUGCCGAGUGUCGCAAACCCGCUAGGAAGUGGUGGUGGCUCUGGCUACUGCUUCCCGCGGCACCAGCAGUCGCCGCAACGCGAUCCCUACCACAACCCCCAUCAUGCUGCCAACAGUCAUCAACCCAAUCAACCCCAUCACAACGAAGGAUCUGCGGCCUUCAAGCCGUUCUAUAAAAGGUAAAGCACGUGAAACCUGGGUCGCUGCACACUCAUCAACCACUAAGGACUGUCAAAAAUCAGUGGCACAGUGUUUCAGUUCAUUUGUAUGAACCACGAUGCGAUGAAAAUUGUAGGUGCAUAGAACUAUGACUGGUUAAGCGACUACAAUAUUGCAGACCCUAUGUAAAAUUAAAUGAUUUGGUAAAUACGUUAAUUUGUAUAUCGCAUAGUAUAAUUUCU